CCGCCAUCAGACAAGAAGAAGCGCCUCAAAACCCUAGAAUCCCUCCAAAAGGAAACCAAGACCGAAGCCCUAAUCGCCCUCUCGCUGGGGUUUCCCAUCGACGCCCUCCUCCCUUCAGAGUCCAUCCCCGACCCCUUCACCCAGAACGAUUACAUCGUUGUCCGCAAUCACGUGCUCGCCACGUGGCGCUCUAAUGUGAGGUCUUUCCUCUCGAAAUCCCACCUCAAAGAGACGAUCGCUGCCGAGUAUGAUCCUUUGCUGUCUGCUGCUUACUCAUUUCUCUACGAGAAUGGGUAUAUCAACUUUGGGGUUUCGCCGGCGAUCAAGUCGCAGUUUCCAGAGAGUUUCGAUAAGGGUUCGGUGGUAAUUGUGGGUUCCGGGUUAUCGGGUCUCGCGGCGGCGAGGCAAUUGAUGGGUUUCGGGUUCAAAGUUUUGAUCUUGGAGGGGAGGAAGCGGCCUGGGGGGAGAGUUUACACAUCGAAAAUGGGGGAGAAGGGGAAAUUUGCGGCGGUAGGGGGGAGCGUGAUAACGGGUACUCAUGCGAACCCAUUAGGGGUUUUGGCGAGGCAGCUGGGGAUUCCUCUUCACAAGAUUAGAGACAAGUGCCCUCUUUACAAGGCAAGCGGUGAAAAUGUGGACGAGAAAUUGGAUGCUGAGGUUGAUCUAUUGUUUAAUAAGCUUCUUGAGCAGGCGGCAAAGCUAAGGGAGGUUUUAGGAAAUGUCUCUGAAGGUGUCUCGCUUGAAACCGCAAUUGAGAGGAUUAGGAAAUUGUAUGGGGUGGCGAGAAGUGAGGAAGAGAGGGAACUUUUCGAUUGGCACCUUGCAAAUUUGGAAUAUGCGAAUGCAGGGUGCCUUUCUGAUCUCUCAUGGGCACAUUGGGAUCAAGAUGAUCCUUAUGAGAUGGAUGGGGAUCAUUGCUUUCUCGCUGGUGGAAAUUGGAGGUUGAUCAAUGCGUUGUGUGAGGAUGUACCUAUUUUGUAUGGUAAGAAGGUUACAAUGAUUGAAUAUGGGAAGUUGGGGGUGGAGGUCUCGGUUGAAGGAGGGCAAGUUUUCCAUGCAGAUAUGGUGCUUUGCACGGUACCGCUUGGGGUUUUGAAGGGUGGGAGUAUCAAGUUUGAUCCGGAAUUGCCCAGUAGAAAGGUGGAGGCUAUUGAGAGCUUAGGGUUUGGGUUGUUGAACAAGGUGGCAAUGGUUUUUCCUCGUGUGUUUUGGGAGGAGGAUCUUGAUACUUUUGGUUGUCUUAACAAGGAUAGGAGCAAGCGUGGGGAGUUCUUUCUGUUCUAUAGCUAUCACACUGUUUCUGGAGGGGCUGUUCUCAUUGCAUUGGUAGCGGGAGAAGCCGCGCUAACAUUUGAACGCAUGGAUCCGGUUUCUAUACUUCAUCGUGUUCUUGAAGUUCUUAGAGAUAUAUAUAACCCGAGAGGUAUCAUGGUGCCUGAUCCAAUCCAGACAGUUUGUACUAAAUGGGGAAGUGAUCCCCUUUCUCGGGGGUCCUACUCCCAUGUCAGAGUCGGUUCAUCAGGUAAGGACUAUGAUAUUCUUGCCGAAAACAUCGGAGGACGACUCUUUUUUGCAGGGGAAGCCACAACUAGACAAUAUCCUGCAACUAUGCAUGGUGCUUUUCUGAGUGGAUUAAGAGAAGCUGCCUCCAUUCUUCAUGCUUCAAGAAGUAGGGCCAAUGGAAACAAUGACCCCAAGAAGUGCCUGCAGAAGAAUUUAAAACAGUGCACCGAUAUUCUCAUUAACUUAUUUAAAGAGCCAGAUGUCGCUUUCAGAAAUAUCUCGUUUGUAUUUAAUCCAUUUAAAGCAACGGAUCCUACGACGAUGGGACUCCUAAGAGUUACUAUUGAGAAUUCCAGGAAAGAUGAUGAGUUCAAGGACAGACAACAACCGUCAGAUCCACACUGUCAAGCUUUGCAUCUCUAUGCAAUCUUAUCUCGUCAGCAGGCGGACCAAAUGCAACUGGUUAGUGAUGAUGAUUCAAUAAAAUUAGCAAUGCUAUCGAAAAAAUUUGGUAUAAAAUUAAUGGGGUGUGAUAGUACAUGUGUUAUAGGAAACUCCUUGAUUAUUAGCAUUUCUAGUGCAAGAAGGGUUCGGAAUAGGCAAUACCGACCAAUGCAUCAUAAAGUGCAACUCCGAUGAUGUAUUUGCCUGCACCCAUUUUCUUACCAUCAAAGUGUCUUAGGUUUCAAAUGAAGUGAAUAGUAUAUAUUAACUGUAGGCAAAUUUUGGAUUGGGUGAAGAUGCCCCUUGUUUUUUGUUGUUUACCUUGUAGUAUAAUUGUACACCAAAAUUGCAGAUCCAUUCUUUGAAUUAGUAUGAGCAAGGGGAGUUUUUUAACGCA